UAGUAGUAGUGAUAGUAGUAUAGUAAUAGUAGUAAUAGUAUAGUAAUAGUAGGGAUAGUGUUGGAGUGGAGUCACUCCGCUCCGGGUCUUCGCUGCAGUCGCGCCCGGCUCGUCCCGCGCUUCCGGGCGCCUCGCCGCGGUGUGGUGGUGGUUGUGGUGGUGGUGGCUGAGCCUUCUUCCUGUAGCAGCAGCAGCAGCCACGACUCCUCCUCCUCCUCACCCAGCACUCACCACCCACACACUGCGAGGCAGCGCCACCGUCUUUGUCUUCCCGGUUCCAGCCCCGGCGCUCGGUGGACAACGCAGCAGGAGCGAAGACGACGACGACGACUCCCGUGACUGCCGAGCCCUGGGUGCGUGCGGAGACAACAUCUGAACAGACGUCACAGCCAUGGCCGCCGCGGCAGUGACGGCGGCGGCGCCGGUGGCCUUGCCCGGCGUGGACCCGCGGCAGGAUUUCCCCGCGUGGCUGGCCGCCCACGGCGUGAGCCUCAGCGUGGCCGAGGCCGUGGACAGGGAGCUGGGCAUCGGCGACUACGAGGCCUUCCUGGCGUGCGCCGAGCAGCCCCACGUCAGGGCCGAGAUGUUCGCCGCCGCCAGGGAGCGGCUGCCCUUCGCCUUCUACGCCGUGCUGCGCCGCGUCACCGAGGCCUCGUCCCCCAAGCGCCACGACGGGGCGGGGGUGGGGGGCGCCGGCGGGGGGGGCCUGCAGGUCGCCGCCGCCAUCGCGGCCUUCCAGCCGUUUCUCGGCGGCCUCCUGGACGCCAUCGUCCUCACGCUCAACAGCCUGAGUCACGAGCUGCUCCAGUCGGCCGAGAGGUUCAGCUGCCUGGAGCCCGCGCUCUAUCCGCUGCUGGAUGACGGAGGAGAGACGGCGCACGGCGAUGGAGACGGCGGCGCGCGGGAGUCCGCCUGCUCAGAAGCGGACGAGGGCCCCCCCGGGGGGUACAAGGCCGCUCCGGACGUGACACUUCUGGAGGUGGCGGCGUUGGAGCCGGCGGCGGCGGCGGAGCGGCGGGAGAAGCGGCGGCCCGCACGGCCGUGGGACCACGUGCACGUCAAGACGGAACAUCCCCCCGAAGACCCGGCGAGCCGCUCGGCGCGGCACGCGGCGGCGGCGGCGUUGGGGGAGCGGCACCGCGCGUCCCCUGCGGGGAGGGCCGCCGCCUUCUGCGAAGACGAGUCGGUCGACCUGAGCCGCGUGUGGAAGGGGCCCAGCCCCAACAAGCGCCGGGCCAAGGCCGCAGUCGACCACGGCGCGAGGUUCCCCGAAUCCGGCGAGCAGCAGCACGCUCCUCCCAUCGCCGGCGCCACCGCCGGCAGCGUCUAUCGGAAAGCCCCGGCGGCGCACGACGCCUACGAGCAGCCGUCCGCCGAGUACCGGCCGCUCGACAAGAACGGCGAGGCCCCCUGGGGUGAGGCCCAGGAGGCCGCGGCGCAGGGGGCCGUCGGGAACGGCCUCGACCCAGCCGCGUACUCCCACCGGGAGACCCCCGAGCCCUACAAGAGAGAGGCGCAGCGUCUCGCCGGUUCCCCCGGCGAGGAAGUCGCGGCCGAGACGGAGCCCGGCGUCAAGGCGGCCGCGGCCGGGGGCGGGGACACGGCGGCGUACGGCCUGCGUGACCCGGCCUACGGCCUCGCCGGCGGGGGCGGCGGCCAGAGGCCGUACGCGGAGGAGCACGGGCGCUACUCGCCCGGCAGCUACGUGUCCGCCAUGCAGCUGGCGCAGCUCGGGGCCAUGGCGGCCGAGGGCUCGGCGGAGGACGCGAUGGCGCGACGGUUCUGGUGCGACCAGUGCGGCAUGCGCUUCACGCACUCGCACGUGCUGAUCCGGCACAAGCGGCGGCACACGGGCGAGAAGCCGUUCGAGUGCCACGAGUGCGGAAAGCGCUUUUCGCGCACCUGUAGCCUGGCGCGGCACCGGCGCACGCACGAGCGCCUCGCACAGGACUUCACCGCCGUCAUGGGCUACGGCGGCGCCGGCGGAGGCGGCGGAGGCGGCGUGCCCGACGGCCCCGGCGAUGCGCAGCCCUUUCCGAGCCAGUCACCCAUCUGUCCGCCGUGAGCGGUCUCGCAAGCGAGAGGAGCGAGCGAGCCGGUGGAUGGGUUGAGGGCGUGGAUGAGAGGGUGUGAGCCAGUGGGUCAGAGGAUGAGUGAGUGGAUUAGUCAGUUAGCGGGCAAACAAGUGAGUGGGAAGUGAGUAAGAGGGAUUCGUGAUGAAUAGGUAAAUGAGUGGCUGAGCGAGCGAGUAACCUGUGAGCGGACGAGUGGGCUAGUGAGUGAGCCGCAUUCUGGAUGAGUGAAUGAGCGAGCGAGGGAGAAAGGGCUGACUUUUGAAACGUCCAGUGCCACGCAGUUAGUUUAACACGUAGGCUUUCGCGACCAAUAUCAUCCAUAAUACAGGUUAUUUUGGGUUAGAUCGCGUAAAAAUGUAAAUGU